GAUAGUAAUUCACAUUUUACAAGUUGGUUGGUUGAUGUGCUGUGCUGCAUCUUAACUUGUUGGCUUGGCUACCCUUUACUCUCGGCUCUACUCCCAUAGCCCAUUGCCAUGGCUAUGAAGCAACACUUUUUUUUUUUGUUCACUCCCAUCCCAUAGGGUAGCAAAUGCAAAUGAAAAGCUGUCAUUGGGUGGGACGGCACGGGCACCAGCUGCACCGCCCAAGUUAUUAUUUACUGCUGCUGCUGCUGCUGCUGCUGCUUUGCCCACUCCCUGUAUAUUUGCAUCACUGCCUGCUUCAGGGAAGGAAGGAAGGAAGGAGGAGAUCUCCACUUCACUCAAGAACCCAACCUCCCCCCUUGCCAUUGCCACUCCUUCAUUCCUUGAGAUGAUGAUGAAGCAGCAGCAGCAGCAGCUCCUCCUUCCUCUCAUGUUUCUCGUUGUUGUCGCAGCAGCAGCCGCUGUUGCUGCCGAUCCACGGCCACAGCCACAGCAGGUGCAGCACCAGAAGCAGCAACCACAGAUGAGGAUGAGGAUGAGCAGAUCCCUGCUUCAGCCGCCAAAACUAGACUGCCCGUCAAGCUGCUCCGUUCGCUGCAGCAACAACUGGAACAACGAGAUGUGCAACGAGAUGUGCAACGUCUGCUGCCACAAGUGCGGCUGCGUGCCGCCGGGGACCGGCCAGGACACCCGCCACCUUUGCUCCUGCUACGACACCAUGGUCAAUCCACACAACCCACACAAGCUCAAGUGCCCGUGAUCUUUGAGAGCUUCUUCAUGCGUGCUCCUUGUAAUGCAACCAGUCCAAUCCAUAUGCUGAUACAUGCCGACUCACUUUUUGAAUAAAGCCAACAAGCAUUCUAUAAUCAGA